AUGCAGUGGAAGGAAAAAGCGGUCUUCCUCCGUCUCUUCAUCUAUGGCGAACCAAGCAGAUCUGAUAUCGCCUUAUUGGCACUCGCACUCGUGUCUGCGAUCGCAUCCGGAAUCCCUUUUCCGAUCAUGUCUAUCGUGUUCGGACAAUUGGUGGACGAAAUGAAUUCGACAACCUGCAACGUGAAUGACACCAACGGCGACUCAUACCAGGAUGGAAUCAAUCAGAAAGUCUUGAUGAUCGUAUACAUUGGCAUCGCAUACCUUUUUCUGAUCUAUAUAUACGUUUUCAGCUGGAAUAUCACAGGUGAACGCCUCGCCCAACGUCUGCGGGAGAAGUACUUCAAAGCUAUCCUCCGCCAGGAUGUUGCCUUCUUCGACAAUCUGCCUGCUGGUGAAGUUUCCUCGAGAAUCACGGGUGAUAUCACAACUAUACAGCAAGGAACUUCGGAGAAGGUUGGUAUUGUGAUCAACGCGUUGGCUUUCUUCGUUACCGCCUAUGUUGUGGCAUUCAUCAAGGACCCCAAAUUGGCGGGCAUGUUGGUCUCAUUGACCCCGGCAUACCUGAUCAUGUCACUACUGGGUGGAUAUUUCGUUCAGAAGUACUUCAGUCGCUCAUUGGAGAGUAUAACCAAGGCAUCUUCGGUCGCACUGGAAGCAUUCUCCAAUACCAUGGUGGUUCACUCAUUUUCAGCCAAUGCGCGACUGGAGCAGAAGUUUACUGAAUUCCUCAAUCCCGGGAGAAUUGCGGGAAUCCGCAAAUCAAUUGCAACUGCCACUCAGGCAGGUUUGUUGUACUUUAUCGCAUUCUCUGCCAAUGCUUUGGCCUUUUGGCAGGGAUCCAGGCAGAUCGCUGACUCGGUGGAGUCUGAUGGUGGCGGUAUCACGGUCGGAGCCACAUACACGGUCAUUUUCAUUCUGGUAGACGGUGAGAACUUACAGGAAACACAUACCCAACAUUCCUCUUUGCUGACAUUCACUCUUCUAGCAUCUCUGAUUCUGAGCACCGUGGCGCCGUUCCUCCAAAGCUUUGACGCCGCGUCAGUUGCCUUCACAAAACUCCGAGCUGACAUCGAGCACUCGACCACGAUCGACGGCACUGAGGAAAAUGCUGGACAUGUCUUGUCGGAGGUCAAGGGGCAUGUUGAGUUGCGCAACGUUUCCUUUCGGUUCCCAUCUCGCCCAGAUAACCCUGUGCUUCAAAACCUCUCUCUUUCAUGUCCAGCUGGCCAGCAAACUGCAAUUGUCGGCCUGUCUGGGAGUGGUAAAUCCACCGUCGCAGGACUGGCAACAAGGUUUUACGAUGCCACCGAAGGCAGCGUUAUGUUAGAUGGCCACGAUGUGAAAGAUCUGAACGUCCGCGCACUCAGAAGUCACAUCAGCCUGGUCCAACAAGAGCCUUGCCUUCUCGACCGAUCAAUUUUCGAGAAUAUUGCACUCGGUCUGAUCAAUUCGCCAGAUCAUGCUCAUCUGCAAGGUAUUCUCACCAGUGAAGCACUGGUAAAUAUCUCAGCAGCAGUGCGAGAUGGUCAGCCUCUCACCCAGGCCUCCCUCGAGCACGGAAAUGACGCACGCGAAAUUGUGGAGCUUGUUGAGAACGCCGCCAAGCUAGCUGAUGCCAGUCAUUUCAUUGAGAAGCUCCAGGAGGGCUAUGGCACACCCGUUGGAUCCAGUGGUAACUUGAUUAGUGGUGGCCAGAAACAGCGCAUCUCACUGGCCAGGGCCUUGAUCAAGAACCCCCGAAUCCUUAUUUUGGACGAAGCCACUGCAUCCUUGGACUCUGGAACAGAGAUGCGGAUUCAAAAAGCUCUGGAAAGUGUGGCUAUCGGUCGCACUGUCAUUACCAUUGCGCAUCGCUUAUCCACCAUCAGGAAUGCAGACAACAUCAUUGUUAUGCGGCAAGGAAAGCUCAUUGAGCAAGGUCCUCACACGGAGCUUCUGGCAGCCAAUGGUGCAUAUGCAGAACUCGUCCGUCUCCAGAAUGUCAAUGUCCACGGCUCGGGAGAGGGAUCUUCCACUCGUUCAGCCUCACCUGUGGAGCAGAUCACAGAAAAAACCGAGCCCACUCAGGCCGUGGCGCAUGAGUUGCAAGAGACAGAGAAGCCGGCACCCCCCGAAGACAAAGAGACAGAGCCCAAAAAGAGUGGUGCUGUGGAUACAGAAAGACCAUUCUCGGCAACUGCCAGGUCUAUGGGUGCCAUGUUCCGUCCCUAUGCCUUUGUGCUGGUCUUUGCCGUCGCCGGAGCUGUGGUCAUUGGCGGCACAUAUUGUGCCUCUGCCGUCAUUUUUGGUAACGUGGUUGGCAAGCUCAGUGGCUGCGAGGAGCCCCAAAGUAUUCGUGAUGCUGGAGAGUUUUACGGCUUGAUGUUCUUCGUCUUGGCCAUUAUCGAGUUCUUCGCCAAUUUCUUCAGCUGGUCUUUGUUCGGGUGGAUGGCAGAGAAUGUGAUCUACAAAGUCAGAGUUCUGUCGCUGCGGUCCAUCCUCGAGCAAGAGCUCGAGUGGCAUGAAUCCAACGAUCGCAAUCCCUCCCUCCUUCUCUCUUUGAUCACCAAGGACAGCAAUGCACUGGCAGGCUUGACCGGGUCCGUUGUUUGCACGAUUCUUUCCAUCCUCAUCAACCUCUUCGCAGCCAUCAUCAUGACCCAUAUCAUCGCAUGGCGUAUUGCAUUGGUUUGCCUCUCCGUCGUGCCGCUGUUGCUUGCCGCCGGGUGGAUGCGAGUCAGCUCCUUGGCUCAGUUCGAAGAAAGGCAUCUGGAGGCCUUUGCUCGGUCGGUCGGGAUCACCGUCGAGGCAGUGAAUUCUAUCAAGACGGUCAUGUCACUGUCCCUGGAACACGAAAUCAUGGGCACGUAUCGACGCUCGUUGGCAGCUCCGAUGAAAGCCAUGACGCGUCAAAGUGCGUGGGCCAACCUGUGGCUUGCCAUUGGAUAUGGACUCAGCAACUUCUUGUAUGGACUUGCAUACUGGUGGGGAGCGAAGAACAUCAUUGCUGGACAUUACACUCAGACGCAGUUCUUCAUUGUGCAACUGGCGCUGCUCGUCAGUUCCCAGUUGUGGGGCCAGAUGUUUGCCUUGGCGCCUGACGUGUCGCGCGCGUUUCAGGCCACUCGUCGACUCCUCAAUCUGCUGGAUUUGGGCUCGACCAAGAACCUCUCGGGUCCUGUCACUCCAAAUGCAGAUGUGGAAUCGAAUGAUACUUCGCGUGAGAAGCUCGAUGAUACUCGCAAGGGUAUCAGCGUUUGCUUCAAGAACGUUCAGUUUUCGUAUCCCGCGCGACCGGACACACGCGUGCUCCAUGGCCUGGACUUGAACAUCAAACCUGGUCAAUUCGCUGCACUGGUGGGCCCGAGUGGUGCGGGUAAGUCCACCAUCAUCUCACUUGUCGAACGUCUCUAUUCGCCCGAAACCGGCACUGUAGAGGUUGACGGACGGGAUGUUGCAUAUGGCAAUGUGUCUUUCCGCGACUCAAUCGCCUAUGUCCCACAACAGAGUGUUUUGUUUGAAGGAACUAUCCGGUUCAACUUAGAGCUGGGCGCACGUCCUGGUCACGAAGUUACACAAGCGGACUUGGAAGCUGCUUGUCGACUGGCCAAUAUUCACGAGGUGAUUGAACAGCUUCCCGAAGGAUACGAUACACACUGUGGACCGAAUGGUGAUCGUCUCUCCGGUGGGCAGAAGCAGCGAUUGGCCAUUGCGCGGGCGCUGAUCCGCAAGCCGAAGCUGCUGCUUUUGGACGAGUCGACCAGUGCUCUUGACGCCGAGUCUGAGCGUUUGCUCCAGGAUGGUCUGGAGAAAGCAAGCAAGAACAUGACGGUCAUUGCGAUCGCACAUCGCCUAUACACCAUCCGGAAAGCGGAUGUGAUCUUCUUGAUUGAGGAUGGGCGAUGUGUGGAGCAAGGCAGCCAUGACCAGUUGGUGGAGCGUAGCGAGACCUACCGAGUCAACGCCCUGAACCAAGCGGUGGAUGGUUAA